AUACAUACAACAUACAUAAUAUACAUACACAAGUUAGGAAAGGUUACCGGGUAGGCAAGAUUUUCAAAGGUUUAUCUGGUUGCCAAAGAAGGUAAACGUUACUCUACGAUGAGCCAUGGAAGGAGGAGGGUGUAGCACGAGUGAUCUGAAUUGCAUUACCAUGCUAUAUAAUACAUGUCCUAACUCAGAAAAAAAAGCAUUUCCCCAAUAUGAGACCAUUACAGUAGAAGCAAGAAUUAUGGCAAAAUAGUGAUGUGUUGUUGAUGAAAUUGUGGACAGACUAAAGAGUAACGUUAACCCAAAACUUUUAAGAAAAUACUAUUUUUGUAAUAAUAUAUCUAAUUGGGCAUAAAACAAUACCCAAACUCAGAUUCAACAUAAAAACUAUUUUAAUUUCUACUUUAAAAAUUAAUGCUUUGCUUAUUCUUUGGGAACGACUUUAUUACAGUAUACAGUACUGUACUGUUGUUUAUUAAGAUACCGAGAAGAAAAUAUUACAAGAAAUUGAUACAGGGUAUUUUGAAAUGAAAAUAAUACCUGAUUUUACUUUCCUGUUUGUUUUCAAGUGUACUUCUGUACAGCAAGACAGAAGAAUGGCUCAUCUUCAAAUUAUUGUGCAGUCCAGAAAAAGAGACCAAUGCCUGCCCUGCUUUAUGCCAUGUUUGUUUUAUAAUUCAACCAUGGGUGUGGGAAUGCUGACUGUGCUCCACCAAUUUAGCUUCUGGGGUGCUCCAGGAAGCUUGAUCCACCAACAUCACUUUGCUCAGGCAACAAUGGGCCUCAAGAAAAUUAUGGAUUCAAUUGAUGGACCUUCAUAUAAACUGAACAUGUGGAUAAGAAGAAGACAGUUCAAUGGAUGUGAUAUUAUCAACACUUUUCAUGUGCUUAGUGAACCUCUAUCUGGCACAUGGAGAACAUCUUGCUAUCAACUGGACUGAAGCAGAUAUAGUGGGCUCAAGUACUGAGAGUCACAUGGAAAACCCAGCGGUGAAGCCCCUUAGUCCUUGCCCCUGUGACCUAACUUCACACUUCUGUGACCCCCAUUGUUGUUGUGACAAGGAUUGUUCUUCAUUUGAUACAACAACUUUCUCAUGUUUGGAAGGCUUGGAUGGUGGUCAAGCAACAGAUAAGACAGUAGAUAACAACUGUAAAUAUCAAGGACCUUAUUCACCAGAAUGGCACAAUUUCUUGUGUUUCUUAACUGAAAAUAAUCCUUACUUAGGAUUGUUUUACAAACCUGAACCUUCUGUUCAGAUAUAUUUUCUACGAGUUCAGAGGCCUGUGUAUAGUUAUGAAGAUACUAUCCCCCAUAAUCAGGAUCAAGAAUAUCAUCCCUAUUAUAUAUUAGGAUCAAGUGUGGAAACACUUAUUAUGGCAAAUGAUACAAUAGCUGAAGGAGUUUUGUCAUUACCACAACAAGUUUUGAAUGGUAUAUGUAUUAAAACAAUUCCUAUUUACUUCCUUGAGGACUUCAGCCAUGAAUGUCCGCUCCCAUUGUCCCCAGAGAUAUGUAAAACAGAACCUCUUUUGAGUACAGCUUCAUAUCUUCAAAAUGCUGAAAAAAUAAUCAGAGAUCCUUUUAAAGGUUUUCCACAAGUCAUUAGCAAUCUUACUACUCUACAGACAGUCAAUGCCUCAGUGGAAUAUAAAUGCCUGCAAGAUACAAAACAGUUCAUCAAAGUACAAGGAGUAAAUAAAGUUGUACCAAAACUCCCAAAUCACUUUUGGGGCACAGACAAAGAAAACACUGCAGUAGAGUGUGAUGGCAUUAAUAUUCCAUUUUACAAUGACGUAUCUCAGAUGUGUGAGAACGUAGUGCUUAGUGUGGAAUACAACAUAGGAUGGAGAGGACCUUCCAUAUCUGAAGUUCAUGCUAAAAUUAAAGUUGGAAAUGUGGCAGUAUCUUUAGAUGGCCUGUAUGGUAACUAUCUCAGUGAUUUUGACAGAAAGUUGCUGCAAGACAAGCAUGUAUUUAGUAAACCUGAGUAUGCAUCAUAUAAGACCAUGAAAUUUGUUCCUUCUGCCAGCUCAAAGUUAUCUCUCCUCCAGCAUUUUGUUAUAAAUUUCCACCAUGUGAAGCCAUCAGAUAUUUCAAAUUCUACAUCAGAAUUAAUGGUCAGUCUUGAUAACCAAGAUGCGGAUGUUGUUGAGGAUUUGGAAUACUCCCCAAAUAUAUCUGAGAGGUCAGGCAAUCCUGGCUAUAAACUAGGAAAGCCCAUCAUAAGUGGUUAUAUAAUGGAACUACAGCUGAGUGUAUGUCAGGUGUGCAUGGAGCACAUGUUGCUGCACAGCGUUACAUCAGAUGAUAACAAUACUAUUAUCAACAACUCUGUGCUGGUAGUUAUUAAUAACACAACAGGACUCUAUAUCUGGAGGCCAGAUAAAAAUGGAGAAUGCAAAGAAUCUCUGAUAGAAGUAAUUACCUUUGGAGUCGAUAUGAUAUCUGCAUGUCUUUAUUCUUGGAGGGAUAUUUACAGUUGUGAUGACUUAAGGGAGAAGAUACUCUCUCUUUUCUACUCACUGAUUCGAUCUGAUGUUGUCAGUAAACUUGGGUGGCCAAACAUAACAGAAGAAAGUGAUUUUUUGCCCACAAUUUUGGACACCCCUGAAAACAUGAAUCUUCUUAACAGUGCUGAUUGUCAAGUUCCAUUUUCUAUGUCAUAUGAAAUUCUUUAUCAAGAUAUUAUUGAUGUCACCAGAAACAACUUUCCUGUGUACCAAGUCAUAGGUACCUAUGUCAGAUUCAACUAUCGAGAAAUUCAGUUUAGCUCCAGUUUUAGUGGAGGAUCAGUGUCUCUGACCACUAGUGUUACAUUCAUGAAUCAUCGAGUACCAUCAACACUUUCAAGGUUUUGGGAAGGCAUGCAGGACCGUUGGUGUGCAGGAGGGACUUGCUGGCGAGAAAUCCUUCAACCUUGGACUCACCCUAACACUGAGAGCGAUGUACCAACAACAAAGGACUACUAUAGUACUUAUAUCAUGAACCUCAUAGUUAACUCUGCCUUGAUGUUACUUGUCUUUAUCCCACUGGUUGUCCUCACACUACAACACAGUUACCAGCUUAAUAUUUAAAUAUUCUUUGUUCUAGGAGAGUUUUUAUGUUAUAGCUUAGCACUAUAAAAAAGUACUCUUGU